AUAUUCCCUAAGCCCAAUUCACAGAUUAUUUACAAUUUUACAUCUAUUGUAAAUAAUCCAACCAUCCACACACUCUGUCUCUCUCUCUCUCUCACCUCAUCUUCUCUCUCAUACGGUAAGGAAGUCUCACUUCUCACUUCUCAGACGAGCAGCAAUGGACUCUCUCAUCCUCUCGACGCCACUCACCUACCGCUCUCUCCCCGUCGCCCGCCGCCUCUCUCACCUCCCCAGCCCGUCGCCCGCGGCACACUUCCUCCGCGCUCCAAAGUCUUCGAUCUCGCCCCUUAAAUGCUCCCUUUCUUCCUUCAACCCGCAGGCUCUCACCUCCUCCGAUUCCCUCCUCCUGCACCUCUCCCCCACGGCACAGCAGUCUCCCCCCACCGCCAUGCGCGGCGCCGAGACCGACGCCAUGGGGCUGCUGCUCAAGGAGAGGAUUGUGUUCCUGGGGAACAGCAUUGAUGAUUUCGUCGCUGACGCCAUUAUCAGUCAGCUCCUUCUGCUGGACGCCCAGGAUUCUACUAAGGAUAUUCGGCUCUUCAUCAAUUCCGCCGGUGGCUCGCUCAGCGCUACAAUGGCCAUCUUUGAUGUUGUGCGCCUAGUGAGAGCUGAUGUUUCCACAAUUGCACUAGGCAUUUCUGCAUCAACAGCUUCCAUCAUUCUUGGUGGUGGCACUAAAGGGAAACGCUAUGCAAUGCCUAAUACAAGAAUAAUGAUACAUCAACCGCUUGGCGGUGCUAGUGGGCAAGCCAUAGAUGUGGAAAUUCAAGCGCGGGAAGUAAUGCACAACAAAAAGAAUGUAACAACGAUAAUAUCUGAUUUCACCGGUCGAUCAUAUGAACAAGUUGAGAAGGAUAUUGAUAGAGAUCGCUACAUGUCCCCUAUUGAAGCUGUUGAAUAUGGCAUAAUUGAUGGAAUCAUUGAUGAAGAUAGCAUUAUUCCACUUGAGCCUGUUCCUGACAAGGUUAAGUCAUCUACAUUCGAUUACUUGGAGAUCAGCAAAGAUCCCAAAAAGUUUUUGACACCAGAUAUCCCUGAUGAUGAGAUAUAUUAGUCAAAGUUGUCAGAGGCAUCAUUAAUACGAGUCCAGAUGAGACUACACAUGCAAUCUUCUUUAUUGAAAUGUUGAUUGAAGAUCUGUGUUGAGAUAGGUCAGAUUUUGCUUCAUUUGCUGUAAGAGGCAUCCGGAUCCUUCUUGAGCCAGAUUGUUACUGCAAAAUCUAAUCAAAUGGAUGUGGUAAGAUUUCUUUGGUAAUCCUAGGCAGGUUUUGUUUAAGCAUGGCAUGCCCCAGUAAAUUCAUCUCUACUUGCUUGUAAAAUACUAUGUAACAAUUGCUGUUGCUCCUUUUACAUUUACAAUAAACACAGUGCUAGAUGAAAGGCUUGCCAUAUAGGAAGGUUAUAUUGCUCCCGCAAUUGCUUUAGUUGUACUCCAGUAGAUUGUAAACGUAACUAUUUGUUGGCAAAUGAUGCAGCAUGAACUAGUGUGACUUUA